AUGACAAGUUAUCGGACAAAUCGUGAAGUCAUUUCAAUUCAUGUCGGUCAAGCUGGCGUUCAAAUAGGAAAUGCCUGUUGGGAGCUAUACUGCUUAGAGCAUGCUAUUCAACCAGAUGGCACGAAAAUUGAUGAUCCGUCACCUGGAGAUGAUAUUGAUGCUUUCAACACUUUUUUUUCUGAGACAAUUGGUGGAAAGCAUGUUCCACGAUGCUUGUUUGUUGAUUUAGAGCCAACUGUUGUUGAUGAGGUACGCACAGGGACUUAUCGCUCACUCUUUCAUCCGGAGCAACUUCUCUCAGGCAAAGAAGAUGCUGCGAAUUGUUAUGCUCGAGGGCGUUAUACGAUUGGCAGAGAAAUGAUUGAUGUUGUGAUGGAUAGAAUCAAGCGUUUGACUGAAAACUGCAAUGGUCUUCAGGGAUUUAUGGUUUUUCAUUCUUUUGGUGGAGGCACGGGCUCAGGAUUUCUAUCGCUUUUGAUGGAACGCCUUUCAACUGAAUAUGGAAAAAAACCAAAAUUAGAGUUUGCCAUUUAUCCGGCUCCACAGGUUUCCACUUCUAUGGUUGAACCUUACAACUCAAUUUUGAUGACUCAUACUACUUUGGAACAUUCCGAUUGCACAUUCAUGGUCGAUAACGAAGCUAUAUAUGAUAUCUGUAGAAGAAACCUGGAUUUGGCUAGGCCUACCUAUACCAAUCUGAACCGCCUUAUAGCUCAGAUUGUUUCUUCAAUAACGGCAUCUCUACGUUUUGACGGAGCUUUGAACGUGGACUUAACAGAAUUUCAAACCAACUUGGUACCAUAUCCUCGAAUUCACUUCCCAUUAGUCACAUAUGCCCCCUUGGUGUCAGCUGAAAGAGCUUAUCAUGAACAGAACACUGUUGCCGAUAUAACAAGUGCUUGUUUCGAGCCUGGAUAUCAGAUGGUUAAAUGUGAUCCACGUCGAGGCAAGUAUAUGGCCGUAUGUCUUCUAUACCGUGGUGAUGUUGUUCCAAAAGAUAUCAAUUCUGCAAUUUCUGCAGUCAAAACUAAACGAACUGUUCAGUUUGUGGAAUGGUGUCCGACAGGCUUCAAAGUUGGAAUUAAUUACCAGCCUUCCACUGUUGUUCCAGGUGGAGAUCUUGGCAAACAAACACGAUCAGUCUGCAUGAUAAGCAAUACAACAGCCAUUGCUGAAGCAUGGGCACGUUUAGAUCAUAAAUUCGAUCUAAUGUAUUCCAAGCGAGCGUUCGUUCAUUGGUAUGUAGGUGAAGGAAUGGAAGAAGGCGAAUUCAGUGAAGCUAGAGAGGAUAUGGCAGCCUUAGAAAAAGACUACGAAGAAAUCGGAGAAGAUGAAUAUCCAGAUGAAGAUGAGACAUACGCUUCAUCCACAGGCACACGCAGUCGCGGUGGAACAGCAUACUGA